UUGGUGCACUGUGUAGCCUGCGAAGAACAGCUGCCGGUCAGAGAUCUCAUUGUUGCAUCCUGCGGACACUGUUACUGCGGUUCAUGCGUCAGCAUCAUGUUCAAUGCAGCAGUGACAGAUGAAUCUUGCUACCCUCCCAAGUGUUGCGCCAACACCCCAAUCCCCAUCAAGCAUGUCAAGAGAUUCCUGGAUCUUAAGUUCGAGAUUCUAUUCGAAGAGAAGGGAGUAGAAUUUGCUACCAUCGACAGGACAUAUUGCUCGAACCCAGAGUGUUCGAAAUUCAUAUCUCCCGCCGAUAUCGAGGAGGAUGGAGAUAUUUACGCCAUGUGUUCUUGGUGCUGGUCGCAGACUUGUGUCACCUGUAAGGCUCCUGCCCACGGAGGUGACUGCCCUGCGGAUCUUGAGUUGGCCUCGAUACUCAAGCUCGCUGAAGAGAUGCGUUGGCAGCGUUGCUACGGCUGUCUGAGAAUCGUGCAAAGACAAGAUGGCUGCAACUUUAUGGAGUGCCUAUGUGGGGCCUAUUUCUGCUACAUCUGUGGCGAGAGCAUGAUGAGUGAAGAAAUCUGCCUGUGC